AUGGAAAAUGUAUCUAUGGUCUUCAACAACUACGACUUUGUUCUCUUAGGACUCAUUGAGAUGCAGCACCUGAGAUAUUUCUACUCUGUGGUCGCUCUUGUAUUAUAUCUCAGCACAUUGUUUUUAUGCGCAUUAACUGUGUAUGUUGUAUGGGCAGAACAAUCCCUCCAUGAUCCUAUGUACAUCUUCAUAUGUAACCUGGUGGGAAACGUCAUGGUUGGCAGCUCAGCAUUCCUCCCCAAGCUGACCAUAGACUUGUUCUCCGGAUGUACCACCAUUUCCCUGUCAGUAUGUCUGACCCAAGCAUUCUUUAUUCACACCUAUACUUCUAUAGAGGUUCUAACUUUUACCAUCAUGGCCAUUGACAGGUAUUUGGCUGUUGGUUUUCCAUUAAGAUACCACUCUCUGAUGACCAAUAAGAAGGCUCUACAGUCCUUGACUAUGUUCUGGUUGGUGACCUUAAUAGGCAGGUUGGUAGGUGUUAUGUUGGUGGUAAGAUUAAUAUUAUGUGGUAAUAGCAUUAACAAUGUGUACUGUGAAAUAAUCUCUCUAAUCCAGUUAGCUUGUGGCGGUUCAGCCAUGAAUGACAUCUAUGGGUUAACUUGGACUUUACUGAUAAUCAUUGGCUCCAUUAUCAUUGUGAUCUACUGCUACAUACAGACAUUCUAUAUCUGCUUGAAGAUCUCUACGGAAGCCUCCCAGAAAGCCAUCCACACACUGGUGACCCACAUAAUCACAUACUCUACUUUCACAAUAGUUAUAAUAUUUGUCGGUUUUAGAUAUAGGUUUAAUACUGGUUCUCUAUCUAAAGUGACGCACCUUGUAAUCUCAGUAAGUGGUAUGGUGGUGUCUAUCACCCUUAAUCCUCUAAUCUACGGGAUAAGGACAGAAGCUUUAAGGAAGAAGAUGAUUUGUACUUUAAAGGAAAUCUUUCAUAAGCAGACAUUGGAUAAAUAA